CAAGAUGGCUGCUCAUAUAAAACCAGGCAUUGGGCUUCGCCCCGGUGAUGGGGGAAUCGAGGCUUUAACCCGCGCUCCGAGGGUCCUUCGCCGCUGCCGCCCACGCCGCCGCCGCCCCGCCCGGGGGAGCGACACUCCGACCGCCGCCGGCCUCUGCCGCGCUCAGCCGCUGCCCGCGGAUCGCCGGCGGGGCCGAGGCCGGGUGCGGCGCCCCAGGCCCGAGCGAGGCCCAGCGCCCUCCGCCCGGGCAGCACCCCGGCCCCCCCGUCCCGCCGCCCGCCGCCAGCCAGGCCCGGCUCCGGGCGGCCAUGGCCGUCUCCAGGCUUGAUCGUCUCUUUAUUUUACUGGACACUGGUACAACACCUGUAACAAGAAAAGCAGCUGCACAGCAACUUGGGGAAGUAGUGAAACUGCAUCCUCAUGAACUGAAUAAUCUCUUAUCUAAAGUGUUAGUGUAUUUAAGAAGUACGAACUGGGACACUCGAAUUGCGGCUGGCCAGGCUGUCGAAGCAAUAGUGAAAAAUGUACCUGAGUGGAAUCCAACUCCAAGAUCAAAACAAGAACCAGGCUCAGAAAGUCCUAAUGAAGAUUCACCUUCAACAGAUCGGUUGCGUUUUGACAGAUUUGAUAUAUGUCGGUUGUUAAAACAUGGUGCAUCUCUCCUUGGAUCUGCUGGUGCAGAAUUUGAAGUCCAAGAUGAUAAAUCAGGUGAAAUUGAUCCUAAAGAGAGGAUAGCACGACAGAGGAAACUGCUGCAAAAGAAACUUGGCUUAGAUAUGGGUGCUGCAAUUGGAAUGAAUACUGAGGAUCUGUUCAAUGAUGAAGAUUUGGACUAUUCUCCUUCUUCAGUUUUACUAGUAAACAAACAACCUACUCUUCAGGCUGCUGAGUUAAUUGACUCAGAAUUUCGAGCUGGUAUGAGCAGUAGACAAAAGAAUAAAGCCAAAAGAAUGGCUAAGCUAUUUGCAAAGCAAAGAUCCAGAGAUGCAGUGGAAGCUAAUGAGAAGAGCAAUGAUAGCACUGAUGGGGAACCAGAAGAAAAAAGAAGAAAAGUUGCAAAUGUUGUCAUCAACCAGCCUGCCACAGAUUCAAAAACACUGGUAGAAAAUGCUCAGGAAGAGGCAAAUGAAUGGCCUCUGGAAAGCUUCUGUGAAGAGGUGUGCAAUGAUCUCUUUAACCCUUCUUGGGAGGUUCGACAUGGUGCAGGUACUGGACUGAGAGAGAUACUUAAAGCUCAUGGUAAAAGUGGUGGUAAAAUGGGAGAUAGCUCUUUAGAGGAGAUGAUUCAGCAGCAUCAGGAGUGGCUAGAAGACUUGGUUAUUAGACUUCUUUGUGUGUUUGCACUAGACAGAUUUGGAGACUUUGUUUCAGAUGAAGUAGUGGCACCAGUACGUGAGACUUGUGCUCAGACUUUGGGAGUAGUAUUGAAACACAUGAAUGAAACUGGUGUUCAUAAAACUGUGGAUGUUCUCCUGAAGCUGCUUACACAGGAGCAGUGGGAAGUGAGACAUGGUGGUCUCCUAGGAAUAAAGUAUGCUUUGGCAGUACGUCAGGACAUGAUCAACACUUUAUUGCCUAAAGUGUUGCCUGCAAUAAUUGAAGGCCUGCAAGAUCUGGAUGAUGAUGUCAGAGCUGUUGCUGCAGCAUCUUUAGUACCAGUAGUGGAAAGCCUGGUCCAACUUCAAUCUCAGAAGGUGCCUUUUAUCCUUAAUACCUUGUGGGAUGCACUUUUGGAGUUGGAUGACCUGACAGCUUCCACAAACAGUAUCAUGAUCCUCCUUUCAUCCCUUCUGACUUACCCUCAGGUCCGCAAAUGCAGUAUUCAGCAAUCCCUGACAGUUUUGGUCCCACGUGUGUGGCCAUUCUUGCAUCACACGAUAUCUUCUGUGCGAAAAGCAGCACUGGAAACAUUGUUCACACUGUUGUCUACCCAAGACCAGAGUUCUUCAACAUGGCUGACUCCAAUUCUGCAAGACAUGUUGAGGCACAUAUUUCAGUUUUGUAUCUUAGAAAGCAACCAAGAAAUUCUGGAUCUGAUUCACAAGGUGUGGCUGGAGCUGUUAAACAAGGCAUCUGUACAGUAUGUUGUUGCAGCUGCUUGUCCAUGGAUGGGAGCCUGGCUCUGCCUAAUGAUGCAGCCAUCUCAUUUGCCCAUUGAUUUAAACAUGUUGCUAGAAGUAAAAACCAGGUCCAAAGAAAAAGCAGGUGCUAAACUGCGUCAAGGUCAAACCCAGAACAAGGAAGUGAUUCAGGAAUACAUUGCUGGGGCAGACAGCAUUGCAGAAGAUCCAGCAACCAGGGAUUACGUUGUCAUGCGUGCUCGGAUGAUGGCAGCAAAGUUGCUGGGAGCACUUUGUUGCUGCAUUUGUGACCCAGGUGUAAAUACUGUUACUCAAGAAAUAAAGCCAGCUGAAUCAUUAGCUCAGCUACUGCUCUUCCACUUGAAUUCUAAAUCUGCCUUGCAGAGGAUUAGUGUUGCGUUAGUAAUCUGUGAGUGGGCAGCCUUGCAAAAGGAGUGUACAACUGUGGCUAUUUGUGUUCAGCCUCGUUUACUUGGGGUCCUUUCUGAGCAUCUCUAUUAUGAUGAAAUUGCUGUUCCUUUUACACGAAUGCAAAACGAAUGUAAACAACUCAUCUCAUUGCUAGCCGAUUCACACAUUGACAUUGGAAACAGAGUAAACUGCAGUGUAUUUACAAUAGAUCAAGCUAAUGAGCUGGUUACUUCUGUUUUCAAUGAGGUGACAUCAUCCUUUACUUUGAAUCCUAAAGUUCUGCAACAAUUGGACAGUAAAAGGCAGCAAGUCCAAAUGACAGUUACAGAAACAAAUCAGGAAUGGCAAGUGUUGCAUCUGCGAGUCCAUACCUUUGCUGCAUGUGCAGUUGUGAACUUGCAGCAACUGCCAGAAAAACUAAAUCCUGUUAUAAAACCCUUAAUGGAAGCUAUCAAAAAAGAAGAGAAUACACUCAUACAAAACUAUGUGGCUUCAUGUAUAGCAAAGUUACUUCAGCAGUGUACAACAAGGUCUCCUUGUCCCAACUCCAAGAUUAUAAAAAAUCUCUGCAACUCCCUGUGUGUGGACCCACAUCUUACCCCACUGGCAGCAUGUCCUGCACAGCCUCAGAGUAGCCAUGAAAACUCAAAAGGGCCCAACUCUGAUAAAGAUGGGAUGCAGCACACAGUUACUAAGCACAGGGGAAUAAUUACACUGUACAGACAUCAGAAAGCUGCUUUUGCCAUCACAAGUCGGCGAGGUCCUACUCCAAAAGCUCCAAAAGCCCCUAUUGCAGAUCUCCCCACAGGCAGCAGUGGAAGCAUUCCUACAGAACUUGAUGAGGCUCAAAAACCUUAUGUUGUACAGAGAAGAGGAGCUGAAUUUGCCUUAUCCACUAUAGCUAAACAUUUUGGUGCUGAAAUGGCAACAGGAUUGCCACAUCUCUGGGAUGCUAUGGUUGGUUCCUUAAGGAACAACAUUCACAUAAAUAAUUUCGACCGAAAAGCAUUACUGGAAAAAGGAGAUGCUCCUGCCCAGGAGCUGGUGAAUUCCUUGCAGGUUUUUGAAACAACAGCAGCUUCUAUGGACACUCAGCUACAUCCUCUGUUAAUACAGCAUUUGCCUCAUCUUUACAUGUGCCUUCAACAUCCCAGCACUGCUGUGAGACACAUGGCUUCCCGUUGUGUGGGUGUUAUGAGCAAAAUAGCAACCAUGGAAACAAUGAAUAUCUUCCUAGAGAAAGUUCUGCCGUGGCUGGGAGCAAUAGAUGACAACACCAAACAAGAGGGUGCAAUUGAAGCACUUGCAUGUGUAAUGGAGCAGCUGGAUGUUGGUAUUGUCCCAUACAUUGUUCUUCUCGUGGUUCCAGUUCUGGGUAGAAUGAGUGAUCAGACAAACAGUGUACGUUUUAUGGCCACUCAGUGCUUUGCCACACUGAUCAGACUGAUGCCUCUUGAGGCUGGUAUACCAGACCCACCAAACAUGUCUGAAGAAUUAAUCAGAAUGAAGGCUAAAGAACGUCACUUUCUGGAACAAUUACUGGAUGGAAAAAAACUGGAAAACUAUGAAAUUCCAGUACCAAUCAAAGCAGAGCUCAGAAAAUACCAGCAGGAUGGAGUGAACUGGCUUGCAUUUCUCAAUAAAUACAAACUUCAUGGAAUUCUUUGUGAUGACAUGGGCUUAGGAAAAACUUUACAAUCCAUUUGCAUUCUUGCAGGUGAUCAUUGCCUCAGGGCUCAGGAAUAUGCAAGAACAAAACUGGUGGACAGUGUUCCUCUUCCCUCCUUGGUGGUGUGUCCUCCUACACUCACAGGACACUGGGUGGAUGAAGUGGGCAAAUUUUGCUCAAAAGAAUAUCUUAAUCCACUGCACUAUACAGGACCUCCUACUGAGAGAGCAAGAUUGCAACACCAGGUGAAAAGACACAAUCUCAUAGUGGCUUCAUAUGAUGUUGUAAGAAAUGACAUCGACUUCUUCAGAAAUAUUAAGUUUAAUUACUGCAUUCUUGAUGAAGGCCAUGUAAUAAAAAAUGGAAAAACAAAGCUGUCAAAAGCAGUAAAACAGCUGACUGCUAAUUACAGGAUAAUUCUUUCUGGCACACCAAUCCAGAACAAUGUCUUAGAGUUGUGGUCGUUGUUUGACUUCCUAAUGCCAGGAUUCUUGGGCACUGAACGCCAAUUUGCAGCUCGUUAUGGCAAACCAAUCCUGGCCAGCAGAGACGCCCGGAGCUCCAGUCGAGAACAAGAAGCUGGAGUACUUGCAAUGGAAGCUCUGCACCGCCAAGUCCUGCCAUUCCUGCUACGGAGAAUGAAAGAGGAUGUGCUGCAAGAUCUUCCACCCAAAAUUAUUCAAGAUUAUUACUGUAUUCUCAGUCCUCUGCAGGUUCAGCUUUAUGAAGAUUUUGCCAAGUCUCGUGCCAAAUGUGAUAUUGAUGAAACAGUUUCUUCAAUUUCAUUGAAUGAAGAAACUGAAAAACCAAAGCUUAAAUCUACAGGUCAUGUAUUUCAGGCAUUGCAGUACUUACGGAAGCUCUGCAACCAUCCAGCAUUAGUGCUCACAACCCAGCAUCCAGAAUACAAGAGAAUUACAGAGCAACUUGCAGCUCAGAAUUCAUCCCUUCGAGACAUCCAACAUGCACCUAAGCUCUCUGCUUUGAAACAACUGCUGCUAGACUGUGGUUUAGGGAAUGGUGGAUCUUCAGAAAGUGGUACAGAAGCAGUUGUGGCCCAGCACAGAGUGCUUAUCUUCUGUCAGCUGAAGAGUAUGCUGGAUAUAGUGGAGCAUGACCUUCUCAGACCUCAGUUACCUUCAGUUACGUACUUGCGACUCGAUGGCAGCAUUCCUGCUGGCCAGAGACAUUCCAUUGUUUCCCGGUUUAAUAAUGACCCGUCUAUAGAUGUUCUUUUGCUCACCACUCAUGUUGGUGGUCUGGGACUUAACCUGACAGGGGCUGACACAGUUGUGUUUGUGGAACAUGACUGGAACCCAAUGAGAGACCUGCAAGCCAUGGAUCGGGCACAUCGCAUUGGGCAGAAACGUGUUGUUAAUGUAUAUCGCCUGAUAACCAGGGGAACUCUGGAAGAGAAGAUCAUGGGUCUUCAAAAGUUCAAAAUGAAUAUUGCAAAUACAGUGAUCAGCCAAGAAAAUGCAAGCCUGCAGAGCAUGGGAACAGAGCAGCUUCUUGAUCUGUUCACUCUUGACAAGGAUGGCAAGACUGAAAAAGCAGAUACCUCUACCUCUUCUGGGAAAGCUUCAAUGAAAUCAGUACUCGAAAACCUUGGAGAACUAUGGGAUCAAGAGCAGUAUGACACUGAAUACAGUCUUGAAAACUUUAUGCAUUCAUUAAAGUAACCACCACAUAUUUGUAAUACAA